UCUCCGCGCCAACCAUCCCCACUCGAUCCUACCCGAUCUCCCCGCGCCAAAACUCCAGCUAGCUAGCGCGAUCGAGACUACCGUACGUGUCGCCAUGGCCGCAACAGCGUCUCUGUCCGCCGUCGCGGCGCCGCUGUCCGUGGCCGGGCUCAGGAAGCCGCUCGGCGCGUCGUCGUUCCGGCCCCUGCAGCCGAGGGCGGCGGCGAGGAUGACGGCCGUGCGCGCGUCGUCGUCCGUGAAGGAGAAGGCGGCGGCCGGGCUGACCGCGGCGGCCCUGGCGGCGGCGCUGGUGGUGCCGGACGUCGCCGAGGCCGCGCAGUCGCUCACGCCGUCGCUCAAGAACUUCCUGCUCAGCAUCGUGUCCGGCGGGGUCGUGCUCGUCGCCAUUGUCGGCGCCGUCGUCGCCGUCUCCAACUUCGACCCCGUCAAGAGGGCCUGAUCCGAUCCAUCGUUAGGAGGCACGUCUCCCCUGUGCCCUGUCCUGUCUGUAUCCACUGCUGGUGCUGUAUCUUCCUUUGUUGUGUUAAUUAAUUUUGGAGAAUGUCCAAACAUAUAUAUCUCUAUGAUACGGAGUUCGAGUUAUUCUAU